AUAUUGUUCAAUUUAAAAAGAGUACGUAAAAGAAGCUGCACCGCAGCGUCACUUUCUCUCAGUUUCUCGAAGAAUUUCCUGAGAAACAAACAAACUUCUGCCUGUCAAAACCUUCCAGUUGCAACACAAGUUAAAUUCUUCACCAAUCAUGCACCGUUUUAGAUAAUACAUGUCAAGUUUAUCCAUUUGCAUCGAUUUUAGAAAUUCUUUUUCUCGCUAAUUUUCUUGGAUUAGGUUAAAAAUUUUCUAUCCAAUUCGUAUUUUCUUGAGAAAAAAAUGAUGAGAAGACAACAGCAACACCAGCAACAAGAUCAACAGUCUAGAGUCUUUUACGAGCUAUCAGCUCUGGUGUUGAAUAUCCUGCGAUCACCGCCGUCGCCGAUGCCGUACUCGGAUCUAUCAUCGGCAGCGGUGGUGUCGUCGACGAGGAGGUCGUCCUCGCAGAUCUCUCCGGUGGGAUUUGCGUCGUUGAUGAUGGGGAUUUCGUUAGCUUUGAUGUUGUGUGGAUCCGUGACGUUCUUUAUAGGGUUCAUGUUGAUGCCUUGGGUUCUUGGACUGGUUAUGGUGCUCUAUGUUGCUGGGAUUGUUUCUACUAUAUCAGUUUUGGGUAAAUCUAUAUUUUGUUACGCCAUGGCCCCAUCAUCUUCGCCCAGAAAGGAUAUCCCUGCAUGGAAGCUUUUUUGAAGAGAGAAGGUGAUUGAGAAGGAUAGUUGAAAUAUGUAUGGCAAAUUUAGCUUCUGGCAACGUACAAAGGAAAGAAUCCAAUUAGGUUUCUGGAAGCAUUGGUGACACAGGAAUUGUGUAUAACUGUUUUUCCAUCUGUUACCUGAACAUGCGGAUAUGCCUUCUUUAUUAUAGUACAAAGAGUCAAUUGUUGGAGGAUUUUCAUAUUAAUGUAUAAUGAUAAUCCACCCGACAGCAGAAUGGAAAGCUUGUUCCCAUUUCUUUCUUAUAUUCAAUUUCUGUUUAGUAAGUUCCAUAUAUUUUUAUUUUGUACUUAUUUAAAAAGAAAAGGUUUCGUCCCUUGUAAAUUUGAGCAUUUAUAUAAAGGAGAGAUUUUAGGUAUGA